UUGGGUAUGCAUAUUAUGAACUUGACUGAUGACCUAGUCCCUGCAAUGGUAUCUCUUCUGAGAGGAAUGCCUAAUUUGAAGACUUUGUACAUGAAUUCUUACCCUUCCUUGCACAUUGUUAAACCAAAAGCCUGUGGUUUUAAGAGGAAAUACUGGAAAUCCCAAAAUCUGGAUUGUAUUCAUCAGCUUGAGGAGGUAUCAGUAGCACUCUCCACUGGUUAUCCUACUAAUGCCUUGGAGUUCGCAACAUAUAUUCUUGAGCAUGCUCCGAAAUUGAAGAAAAUGGUCAUAUGUUAUUCACCCCACCAGUUCUAUAUUAUAGAGAGGAUAAAUAAAAGCAAGAAAAUUUCCUCUGCAACUGUUGUCUUUAAGAAAAGAGGAGUGAAUGACGAUGGAGCAAUGGGUGAAAGUUAUUAUGGGAAGCUCUUUCACUUGCACCGGUUCUGAUCUUGUACUUUUCUUAGAGGAAUGCAUGGAGGAAACCUAGUCUUGUGUUUCUGUUUUUGGUAUUGUUAUCAAUGGGGUGGAAUUGUAUUUUUAUGUUUCAAAUCUUAUUGAGCUUAAAUCAAGUAGUAUAUAUAUGUCAAAUGCAAAAUAUAGGGUAUCCAGUGUUUUAAGUUACUUUGUAGGCAUGUAGCCGUGAAAUAUUGCUAUAAACAAAAGUAGUGUUCGGCAUCUUGAACUUUUUCUUUAUUUUGUGGAAAGUGGUUAUUUACAGUACUUGGCCUUUAACCCAGUACAAGGAUAUGGAUGUCAAUUAUGUAGUUUUCAAUUUCGUUCACGUAGUUCAAGUUGAGUGUCUGAUUAUAGGCUUAUAGUUCAGGAUAUUUUCAAUUGAAACUAAUGAAGUAAAACUUCUGCUUUUACAUGAAAUCUGCAGUUGAUAUAUCAGUGCAGCAGAAAUCGACAGAUUACUGUUUACUUGGUGCAGGAUGAUCUGAACCCUAUUCCAAGAGCUGUACGCAAACAAGGCCA